AGGGCACUGCGGCUGGCCCCGGAUCGGGAGCCAGAGAGGCAGCAGCUUCGGCAGCAGCGCGGCCCGGGCCAAUGCAGCGGGACGCACCGCCGCGAGCCCCAGCCCCAGCGCCACGGCUCCCUGCGCCCUCGGUCGGGGCCGCCAACAGCACUGGCGGCGGCGGAGGCGGGGGCAGUGGCGGCGGCGGAGGCUCCUCUGCAGCUCCGGCUCCCCCUGGCCUCCCGGGAACUACAAGUCCCAGGGGGCCUGGCGGCGGGCGGAGACCGGAAGAGGUGGGCUCUGCACCUCGUGGCCGGAAGUGGCCUUGGAGGCGGAAGUGGCGCGGCCGCGGAGGGGCCUGGAGUGUGGCGGGACCGGGAGCGGCGGGAGCUGCGGCUGGGGGUGGCGGCGGCGGCGGCGGCGGCGCGUUGGAGGCGGCCAUGGCCAAGCAGUACGACUCGGUGGAAUGCCCGUUUUGCGAUGAGGUCACCAAAUACGAGAAACUUGCCAAGAUUGGUCAAGGCACAUUCGGGGAAGUGUUUAAAGCCAAGCACCGUCAGACGGGCCAGAAGGUGGCUCUGAAGAAAGUGUUGAUGGAGAAUGAAAAGGAAGGGUUCCCCAUCACAGCCUUGCGGGAAAUUAAGAUUCUGCAGCUCCUAAAACACGAGAAUGUGGUCAACCUAAUUGAGAUUUGCCGAACCAAAGCUUCCCCCUAUAACCGCUGCAAGGGCAGUAUCUACCUGGUGUUUGACUUCUGUGAGCAUGACCUUGCUGGGCUGCUGAGCAAUGUGCUAGUCAAAUUCACACUGUCCGAGAUCAAGAGGGUGAUGCAGAUGCUGCUGAACGGCCUCUACUACAUCCACAGGAACAAGAUUCUGCACAGGGACAUGAAGGCUGCCAAUGUGCUCAUCACCCGGGAUGGGGUUCUAAAGCUGGCCGACUUUGGGCUGGCCCGUGCGUUCAGUCUAGCCAAGAAUAGCCAGCCCAACCGCUACACCAACCGUGUGGUGACACUGUGGUACAGGCCUCCGGAGCUGUUGCUCGGAGAGCGGGACUAUGGCCCGCCCAUUGACCUGUGGGGUGCUGGGUGCAUCAUGGCCGAGAUGUGGACUCGCAGCCCUAUCAUGCAGGGUAACACGGAGCAGCACCAGCUUGCCCUCAUCAGCCAGCUCUGUGGCUCCAUCACUCCAGAGGUGUGGCCAAAUGUGGACAAGUACGAGCUGUUUGAAAAGCUGGAGCUGGUCAAGGGCCAGAAGCGGAAGGUGAAGGACCGACUGAAGGCCUAUGUCCGGGAUCCCUACGCUCUGGACCUCAUCGACAAGCUGCUGGUGCUGGACCCCGCACAGCGAAUCGACAGUGAUGACGCCCUCAACCACGACUUCUUCUGGUCGGACCCCAUGCCCUCGGACCUCAAGGGCAUGCUGUCUACUCACUUGACGUCUAUGUUUGAGUACCUGGCACCGCCACGGCGAAAGGGCAGCCAGAUCACCCAGCAGUCCACCAACCAGAGCCGAAAUCCAGCCACUACCAACCAGACAGAAUUUGAGCGUGUCUUCUGAGGCGGUGCUCUCCUUAGGUUGGUG